ACGUUAAUUACACCAUUUCCUGUUUACGUUUCUAUGGACCAAGCAAAAUGGCUGUCAGAAAAUAUAACAUUGCUCUUUAUGGUCUUAUCAAUGAAGUUAAUUUUAUUAAAGCAAAGUCAUGUGCAGAAGAUCUACACAGAAAACAACCAGACUUAUUUCCUACUCCUGUCAUACUUGGAAUGCUACAAUGUGACUGGGACAUUUUCAUUGAGAACAAACGAAAGGAACUGCGUGGUGAAGCCUGGGGAUUCAGUGACAAAGCUAUUGCUUUUGUUAAUGAUGCAUUAAUUGGUGGUCCAGAUGACUUUAUCACAUGGGCAGAAGACAAUCAUAACUACGAAGAAUUCCGCCCAGAGCCAUUAUACUUCACCUUGACAGAAGAAGCCUAUAAAAAAAAGUUAAAUUGUCAGGGUCAUGAUCAUGUGUUUAUGGAUAUUGCUAUCAAUGAUGAAUUCAUUGGGGGUUUAGUGAUUGAGUUAUAUUCUGACAUAGCUCCAAAAACAUGUGCCAAUUUCUUACUGUUAUGUUCUGGUGAAAAAGAAGAAUCAAUAGAGACUGGAUAUAAAUUAUGCUAUGAAAAUUCAAUAUUUCACAGAAUAGUUAAGAAUGGCUGGAUUCAAGGAGGAGACAUUUAUCAUGGCAGAGGCAAUGGUGGAGAAUCUGUAUUUGGACCAGUAUUUGAAGAUGAAAAUUUUAUAAUUAAGCACAAUGAGCGUGGAAUAGUAGGAAUGGCCAACAAAGGAAGACAUACAAAUGGAUCUCAGUUCUAUAUUACACUUCAACCAUGUCCAUGGAUGGACACCAAAUAUGUAGCAUUUGGAAAAGUUAUUGAAGGAACAGAAGUUCUCAAAAAAAUGGAAGAGCAAGAGACUAUGAAUGAACGACCAAAUGCAGAAAUUAAAAUAAUAAAAUGUGGAGUUAUUCAUUAUGAAUUUUAAUGUAUAUAUUUUAAAGACAGAUAUCAUGUAAAUACAUCAUCUUUUUAGAUCAAUCCUGUGAUCAUCCUAAAAAGAUGCCAACUGAACUUUUCCAAAACACUUUGUACAAAGUAAAUAAAUUGAAAUAAUACUUUUCAGCUAACCAUACUUUAAAUUAAUGAAUACGAUUUUAAAAUAUCUUUUUUUUUUUUUUUUUACUUCAAUUAAAAAAGGGAUUGGGGAGGAAGUAAUUUAAGUUAUUUGCAAAUUAAAAAUGGAAAAUGUCAUGAUGCCAACAGAAUUUUAUGCUUAAAAUAUUUUUAAAUUUAAGUAAUGUUUGAAAUUUCAAAAAUCUGCAACUUACCACGUAAUUUUUUUUGUUUUAAAAAUAAAAACUGUGGUUAAAAAUGUAUUACCAGUUUUGUUUUUAUAUAGCAUAAUAAUAUAUAUUGCAUAAUAAAAUCAUUCUGUUCUCUUAAAA